AUGUCACUAGCAUUCACAGACACAGAAACGUUUACCCCCGAUACCAAAACCAAAGACAACACUCCUUUGUACUCACAACUCACGUCAUCUAACGUAUCGCAUGUUUCUUACCAUUACAAUCCCGAGGUUUCAAACUACCAUUAUGGGCCUCAUCACCCCAUGAAGCCGUUCAGACUUUUAUUGACGGAUCAUUUGGUUUCUGCAUACAAGUUACACGAAGUGAUGGAUUUAUACCAAACUACUCCGGCGUCAAAAGAACAAAUGAUGAAGUUUCAUUCUCCAGAAUAUAUUGAAUUUUUACAGAAGGUCAGCCCUGACACUGUCAAUCGCGCUACUGCAUCCCGAGAGUUUAAUAUUGGUGAUGAUUGCCCAAUAUUUGAUGGAUUGUACCAAUAUGGUUCAAUGUAUUCUGGCUCAUCUUUAGAUGCUACCUCGAAGUUGAUCAGUGGGAUCAGUGAUAUUUCAAUAAAUUGGUCAGGAGGCUUGCAUCACGCAAAGAAGUAUGGGCCUUCAGGUUUCUGUUACAUCAAUGAUAUCGUGUUAUCUAUUCUCGAAUUGUUGAAAUAUUACCCCCGGGUAUUGUAUAUCGAUAUCGAUUUGCACCAUGGCGAUGGGGUUCAAGAGGCGUUCUACACUACUGAUAGAGUUAUGACCUGUUCGUUCCAUAAGUACAAUGGUACUUUCUUCCCGGCCACUGGGAACUUUAACGAAGUGGGGAUUGGCAGGGGUAAAAACUUUGCAGUGAACGUUCCGCUAAGAGACGGCAUUGAGGAUGAAAAUUAUGUCAAGUUGUUCAAAUCCAUUAUGGAACCGAUCAUUUCUAGUUUCCAACCUAGUGUGAUUGUCCAGCAAUGUGGUGCUGAUUCUUUGGGUUGUGAUCGUUUGGGAUGCUUUAACUUGAAUAUCAAGGCGCAUGGAGCGUGUGUGAAGUAUAUCCAAUCUUUUGGAUUACCAAUGCUUGUAUUGGGAGGAGGAGGAUACACUCCGAGGAAUGUCAGUCGAUUGUGGUGUCAUGAAACCGCGGUAUUGAACAAUGUGGAGUUGCCGAAUGGUAAAUUGCCUGAUACUUUACCGUAUAAGUCUUUUUUUGGUCCUGAUUUUUCGAUGCAUCCUAACUUGGGAGAUCGAAUCGAAAAUAGGAAUACCAAGAAGUACUUGGAGAGUGUGAGGAUCCGGAUUUUGGAGCAAGUGCGGUUUCUCAAUGGGGCCCCGAGUGUGCGAAUGGAUGAAGCACCUACGACAUAUGCGAAGUUGACCGAGGACGAGGAGGCGGAAUUGAAGGAAUUGAAUGAAGAAUACGAGCGGGAGAAGAAGAAGAUUAAAGAUGAAGCGAGAAAUGGAGAGCAGUACUGCUAG